CUAUCAUUAUCGGCACAUAGCAUCUGUACCACGGCACGAGCAUUCGAUUAAACACGAUAGCCGCACCCUUCAGUUUCUACCGUACACAGUUCCGACUCAAAAGACACGACGCGACACGAGAGACACUGAGGACCGCGUACCCGGUAUAGUCGAUCAUCAGCAGAACAGGUACCUGUUCCCGUCGGUACAGCCACGGCCACAACCACACAACUAUCCGGUAUCUCUUCACUGUCCCAUACAACCGAAUCGCGCAGAACCGCCGAUAUGGACGAGAUAGUUGUUGAUCCCGGUUCUAGCGCCGCCCAGUUCAGUAUCAUGCAAUCGCAACAACUACCCCAACACGGUCCCGAGGUCCGCCUGACCGCUGCCGGUGUACCCCGCAAGAAGCCCGGCCGCAAACCGAAACCCAAAGAUCCCGCCGAUGAGAACUCGACCGCCACCGAACAACAGCCCAAGCAGCGCCGUCCGCGCAAGCCCAGAGACCCCAAUGCCACUCCUAUCCAGAGAAAGAGGAAAGCGGCCGCGACCGACGCCCCCGAUGCCGCCGAUACCGCCGACCACGACACCUCGAUGGAGAUUGACACCUCGUUGGCUUCUGCCAAUCGUUAUCUCGGCGGCCCCAGCAGGUCAGAGGCACCUAUUAUUUCCCUCGAUCAACGGGCGCAAAAGAUACCCAAACGCGAGACCCAUCCCGUGUCCAUGAGCCAUCUGCUCAACCAAGAUGACCCACCGCCGAAGCCCCAGCCUGCCGCUUCCAGACAAGUGUUUGAUCCUAUAAGAGGCAGUUACGACCCAGUCCGAGAAACCAUGAUGUCCAGAGACGUUUUCGGCACCGGCUCUAUUAUGGGUUCGCCCCGCGCACCUACCUCACAACCUGUCAACCGUGCCAGCGCCUCGCCGUCCAUUGCGAGCUUGGUUGAUCCUCCUGCUCCCCCGAACAUCAUCUCACCUGUCCCGUCGCACCAAACGCCUUACAACACCGCUGCCACAAAGUCGCGACUCCAAGAGUCAACAUCUGCUACUCCUUUAUCCUCCAAUCCUGUGCGCUCCACGCCACAACAAAUCACCAAGCCGCAAAUUAUCGAAGUCAGGCGUGCCCCUCCGCCGCCUCCCGCACCAGCGGCCUCCCAAAGAAAGCCGUCGCCUCCCAAGAACUCGUUCACUAGUAUGUCCACAGUUCCGCCGACGUCUUCAGCAGCAGCCGCUACCAAUGCAGCAACAGCGGCUCCAUCAACAACAGCUCCUCCUACCAACAACAAGAAGCUCACAGCUCUUGUGCAACAAGAACGCGAAAGCACCCAUUCCCGCGGAAACAAGACCGGGAGCAACCACUCCCCAGAAGCUGUCAAACCCGGCGGCGGCAGCAACAGCCUCAAAGAUGCCCUCCUUCCCCCCUUACCCACUGUCGGUGGUCACGGCACCGAGCGCUCCAUCCUCGACUUUGGCAAAGCCAACCCCGGUCAGGAAAUCGAAGCACCCUCUAUCAAGAUCCACAUUCCUCUGAAUGGUGAAACGAACAAAUACGUCAACUUCAUGCGCAUGGCCGAGGAGCAGUACGGUUGGGACGCUUUACACCCUCGACAAGCAGCCAACCGGGAGCGCAAAGCGCGCAUCGCAGCGGCCACAGCGGCGCUGGAAAAGUCCGUGGGCGCUAGCGGGCGGGAGUCAGGAGAGGAAAUGGACGAGGAUAUCCAGUCCGACGCGGAGAACAGUAACAUCGAGAUGGGCGGCAUGGGCGGUGGCGGUCCUAAUCCCACUACGAAUGGCGUCGCCUCGGGCCCAGAGGCACCAGCGAAGCCGGCGAGGAAAAAGAGGAAUUUCAAGGAGGACGAAUACGAUAUCGAUGAUGACUUUGUCGACGACUCGGAGAUGCUCUGGGAGGCGCAAGCGGCUGCUUCUAGGGAUGGCUUCUUUGUGUACUCUGGUCCGCUGAUUCCCGAGGUUCCUAAGCCCGAAGUGGCACCCCCGGCUCGUCGCGGACGCGGUGGAGGAAGGGGCAGCAGAGGUGGACGAGGUGGAACAACACGCGGUGGUGCUAGCGCGGGACAUGGAGCGGACACGGGUGCAGCGUCGGAGAAACCAAGUGGACGAGGACGAGGCGGUGGACCGGGGAGUAGAGGUGGUCGGGGCGGCGGUGAUGGGACGAGGAAGCCGAGGAUCACGAAACUGGAGAAGGAGCAGAGGGAUAGGGAGAAGGCGGAGAGGGAACGGCUGGCGCAGAUCACGGCGGCGGCCAAGGCCAGUGUGGCAGCGGGCGGAGGACCUUACAUGUUGGGACUGAGUCCGCCUACUGCGGCUGGAGGGCCGACGGCCAUGAUGAUUGAUUAGAGACCACGGAGAUCACGUUCAGGUCGAGUAAUCAGAGCUAGGUCCUAUUGUUAGGUUGGGUGUGGUUGAUGUACAUCAAGGGAAGAGGCUGAUGGCACACUGUUCUUUCAUGUUUGUUGUUGUUGUUUCUGGCGUUCUAUACACACACACUCACACACAUAAUGGUU